AUGUCCAAGGACAUCAGCGCUGUUUACUGUUGCAAAUUCGUGAGAUUGCAGUUAGAUUUAACCCAGUUUGGGCAGAAGAUCAUCCGCGGCAGUUUAAUCGUACAUUUGGAUUCAUAUGGAAAUUCAACGGACGAUGAAAUCCUUUUUCAUGUUGGCACCCGUGUCAAUAUUGAGAGGAUACGCCUGAGAAGAGAAGGUAAAAGGGUAUACCCAAAAACCUUGAAAAGAGAGGAUCAGAAGAAAUUAGCCCGUUUAGUAUUAAAAGAGCGGCUUCAGAGAGGGAGGUACCUAUUAGAGAUGGAAUACAACAGCACAAUUUGCGAUGAAGAUGGAGGGCUGCACUGUUAUUAUGAAGCAGAUUCGGUAAGAUUUCGUAAGGAAAAACGAUUCCCAUAUGGCGGAGAUGAAAACAUUAUUUGA